UUUUAGGGACACAACACAUUUGAGAAUGUCCGAACAGGAUAAAAGUACCUCCGGCUCGAACGCGGAUUCGAGGCAAAAGGGGCGCAAUAGCAAGACAAAGCGCCAAUUUCAAUGCUGCGUCGCCAGGGAAUACUACAGUGAGUACUCCAACAUGGUUGAAUCGCUGCAUAUUACGCCGCGAAUGAUGGUCCACCAAAAGAGAUUCAAGGUCGAUAACACUUACGGUCUGACUCUCAACAUCAAAAACAACGGAUUGUUCCCCCGCCUGAUCAAUAUAACCUCUGACAGUCCCGAAGACACAUCCAUUUCUAUACCGGAACUGGACCUCCACCGCUACUUGGACACCGAUGAGACUUUGGAGGUGAAGAUCUGGAUCCGGGCAUCUUUCAAACGCGACAUAAACCGCCGGCGCCACAUCCUUAUCGAGUGCUUCCACCCGAAUAUUAUAUUUCAAGUGCCCAUCAUUGUUUUGGAUAAACUAAACCAUCCGUCGAUCAGCGACACAAUCACUUUUCCGAGCUGUGUUCCCGGCAACAAGACCCACUACGAAAUGAUAAUCUACAACCCCACCAAAGAGCGCAUCCGAGUGCGGUACAGAAACACAAACCGCGGCCUGGAGAUCAAUGAUAACAACAAGGACAUCCUGCCGCCACAGGAUUACGCCAAGCUCCUGUUAAGCAUCCAACCGAAAAAGCUGAACGUGUACAAGGGUUUUUUCAACAUCAAGUUUGGAGUGUUGCCUCCCAAGCCGGUGAUGUUUGUCUUUACGCCCAAGUCGAUGAGUGUGCACCUGAAUUUAGGAAGCGUGGUCUUCAGCAUGACAAAAUUCUCCCGCGAGGAACUUCGCAUGGUGACUGUGUGUAACGAGGGUCUGCAUGAGGCAUACGUCUCCGGUGAUUUCUACUCGGAACCGGCUGCAAAGGAGCCCAUUGAAACACCCGAAGAGGAGGAAAAAAUCUCCAACAAACUGAUCGACGAUGCCGUCAGCAUGCACAGUGUACUGCUCUUCGACUUCGAGGAUCACACGAGUGUGCAGAACGUCUUGAUCGAUGCGAAGGCGGUCAAGCACUUUGACUUCAACCUGCCAAAUAGGAUCUCGGCCGGAAGCUCGGCGGACAUUGUGCUGAUCUUCCGGCCGACUUACGAUGCGGAAAAUCCGUUUUCGGAUGACUUGGAGCCCCCCUACUUUCAGCGCACUCGGGCCACCUUUUGCUUCAGUGACGCCCAGGACUGCAUCGAAUCGCAUUACGUCAUCUUGGCUGGAUCAAUCGAGGGCAUCGAAAUGGAGUUCCACCCGAAAGUGAUUGACUUCCGGAAAAUCUACCUUGGCGAAGAGCACUGCGCCCAGAUUAAAGUCCUUAAUGUUGAUGCUGUGCCGGCCAAAGUGGAGUACAAGGACUGUACGGAUCCUGAUGCGGCCGGCAUACGCAUCACUCCUCCAGAAGGAUUCCUGCUGGAGCCCUGCACCCGUGGUAUAUUUAACGUGUCCUUCUACUCGUUGUAUCCCGCCCGCUUCACAAUAACUCUGCGCUUCAAGGUGGAGAAUGGGGCCCACUACAAGGUGCAGCUAAAGGGCACGGGACAGCCGGUGCAGCUGCGCACCUUUCCCCAGUUGGUGGAGUUCGGGAGCAUUCCUAUGGCCGUGCCCCAGAAAAGGUAUAUGCUACUAAUGAAUCCUCUGGCCGUGCCCAUAACGCUCCAGGUGAAACCCACCGACGAUGGUGAAGAGACACCGCUGGUCCUCAAUAUACGCAACUCCACGGAGAUGCUGCCCAUAACAGUGCGGGAUCCCAUCCGUCAUCUGCAGCAGGUGCACGAGGAACUGCAGAACCACGAACCGGAAGAGCCCAGGGAGAUCCGACUCACGAGCACCGCGUCGGAAGUAAUGUCUGUGAGGUCAGUUAAGAUGAGCGAAUCAAACUACAGUUUGGAGUUUGAGGAGGAAGUGAUGGAGCCCAUUCCACAGAUGGCUGCCCAUCUGCUGACCAACCUGAAGAAACAGAAGAUCUUUGACAAGUCGGAGACAGAUCGCCGGGUUAUCCAGGAGGCGCUGAUGGGUCUGCUCAACACGAAGUACUUUUCUGUUUUCACCAAGCACAACAACUACAUUUUCAUGGACUGGAACGCGAUUCCCAGCGAUCCACGUGAGGUGUUCUGCGACAAUGAGAUUAUUUAUCUGCGUCCGAACACAGGCCGCAGCAUAACCAUUCUUUUAGUGCCCAACAAAGUCGGCUACUUCCAUCGAUCGCUGUCGGUGCGCAUAUGUCCCGCCGUGGCAUCGCCCUCUUUUGGUGAUUCCAGCGAUGAUCAUCCCCUGAUGAAAACCCUCAUCAAGUCGGAGUUUCUCUGCUCGAAGCUCUGGUUUGAGUACAACUGCGUGGUCCCCGAAAUUGUGUGGUCAAAUAUGGUGGAUCUUUCACACCGAACAAUCUACGCUGGCGAGGACUACGACUUCGAAAUGACCUUCUCCAAUAGCUCUAUCAUAGGCGCCUUUCUUCACUACGAUGUCAUUCCCACCGACAUGACUUUUCGGGACGGCACCUGGAAGUUCUUCAUUGACGGCGGAUCGGAGAUUACUGCGAAGUGUGCGGUCACCUUCCGAUCUUUGGGCAGCACCCGGCUAUCGGGUCUUGUCAAGAUUGUGGGCGCCAACCGACCAUACGCUUUCCAUCUGUUCGCCAAUGUACUGCCCACUGAGAUCCGGGUUACGCCGAUGUACGUGCACCAGCGACUGCAGGUCUACGACAAGAGCCUGGUGCACUUCUAUAUCGACAACUAUACGCCCACGCACACAAAGUUGAGCAUGAGACUGAAAGACAUCGAGUUCCAGUAUUUAACACUGAGAGGUGGAUCUUUGGCUUCCACUGGCCAAAGCAUGUAUACCACCUUGGUGUCGUUGUUCACCGAUCCCGAUCUCUACCAGAAUACCCUGUAUAUUGACCUGCAGUUCGACAACGUGAUGAUGAUUCCCAUCACCUUUCUGGUGGAGGGAGUGCCACUCUACUUCGAGCCUGAUAUCCGCCAGGGAUUCUACGCAGGAUUGCUGUACACCGAUACCAAGGAGCAGUUUCAGGAGGGCUUCUACCAGCACCGCUUUCCCAUCCGGGUGAUCAACAAGGGUCAUCGUGCCUACCGCAUUCUAAUUAUCCGGUUGAAUAGUUAUGGACCGGGGGCCAAAGUGUCCUCCGCUUGCUCCACCAACGCUUUAACUGCCCGUUUUGACAUGGAACCGAAAAACAUCUACAUGUCGCCCAGUUGCGAAAGUCAACUGGACAUUAUGGCCAGCUCUUAUGUGGAAGGACACGCCACCGGCGACUUCCUGCUGCAGGUCAUCGACCAAAAGUACCCGCAGCGCAAACACAUCAUCAGAAUCACGACCUCCGCAGACUUUGUGGAUUGCCUGCUACACUGGAGUCCUAGGCAGGUAAACUUUAACUAUAAGCGCUGUGAGCCUCUGAAGGAACGUUUAUAUGAGGAGACGCCUUUUCUGGUGAAUCCCUGUUCAGCACCUCUCGAAAAAAUAAUCCUCCAGGUGACCGGUCCUUUUAAAAUCAAGGAAUAUUACGAGGACACUUACGAGAAGGAAAUACAGAUCAGUUUGGGUGGCGGAGAACGCAAGGAAAUCUUUGUCAUCCUCAAGUUGGGAGCUCUGAAGCAGCUCUUCUGUCGCCAAAUCGAGGGAAGAAUCAAUGUGAUGGCGCUGGGAAAGCAGUUGAAGUCACUCCCACUCCGGGUGUCAAUAAUGGUUCCAGAUGUUGUGAUCCUGCAGCCAGAAUUGGUCCUCUUCGAUCGAGGCAAACCGUACGACAGUAGCAUUAACCUAGUUAACCAAGGCUGCAUGCCAGCGGAGUUUAAGUGGAAGAGGCUGGAGACCACCGAGAUUUUCAUAGGCGACGAGGAUGAUCCGGAGGGCAUUGCAGCGGAUGUUCUGUCCGAGAUCCUGCGCAUGCUGGAGUACGAUUUCAGCUGCGAGGAUCAGCCAAAUAUGACGAAGAGAUACCAAGAGUGCCGCUGCCAGUUUCGUCGUUUUGAGGAGGAUGGCGACUUGAUACUGGAGAUCUUGGAAGAGGUGAUAAACGAACUGGACCUGAGGCACCGACCAUUGCUCUAUCCACCAAAAAUUCCACUCGACGAAGAGGAGGACAGAGAUCAAAGUUCGUCGAGUGUUGUGCGGGAAACCAUUUCGGAUAUACUCAAUCGCCUUCACCUCGACUCGAGCGAUAAGUGGUCGGAGGCAUCCAGCGAGUACUGCUUCGCCAGCCGCUAUAUCUACUUUUACGAAAAGAGGGGCACGGUGGAAACGGAUCACGAGUGUAAGCUUUAUCUGCCACACAUCCGACGAAGCCACGAAAUGCGGGCAGUUUUCGAGUUGGCUUUAGUGGGCGGACGAAGUCAGCGUUUCUCCGUCACCUUAGUCAAUCUGCCUCAGAAGAUAAAGUUCCACAAGGACAGCAUCUACAUGGGAAUCAAGCCCUGGUACGAGUCCUUCGACACCGUGGUGCGUGUCUCCAACCUGACCAAGUAUCCACUCCAAGUGGUUGUGGUCGAGGUGAAAAACCCGAUGGUCAAGCCGCCCAAAGAGCAACCACUGGAAAAGCGUCUGGUUGAUGGAUACUGCAAGAUGAUGACCAGCGAUAUGAUCAAUCUGGAACCUCUAGGAAGCGAUCAGAUCAAAGUGAAAGGCAUACUGGGUUUCAGCGAGAGCUUUAAGCACACUUUUGGAGCCAUGAUCAACAACAGUGACUCCAAUUAUUUUUGUCUGCGGGGACAGGGCGUGAUGCCCAUGUUGGACAUGGCAUCUCCACUGCCCAGUACUCCCUUGGAUCCUCUGGAGAUCAAGGAGGAGUACCGAUUGCUGCAAAAGAUUUACCACUAUGAGAUCUUUCGCACCAUCACAGAAGUGGAUGAAGAGCCGAAACAGGAAGGAGGAGAGGAGGAGCACCAAGUGGAAGACAUAGUCUCGGUCACAGAGGAUUUCUCUUUGCUAUUAUCCAGCCAGGACGAAAUGAGCUCCGAGCGACAGAACUUGCACGACUUGCAGCUCUUCCGCAUGGUGCACACUUAUGUGAUGGUGAAUAACAACCAGGAAUUGCCCCAUGCCACAGUUUUGAGGCAAUUGAUCCUGGCAGAGAGGUAUUUAAAGCGCCUGCGUCUGAAACCCGAGUUGUAUUCGGUGCAUCAGCAGGUGUUCCAAACAUACCAGAAGAUCCACAAGGCACCGGGUUUCAAACAGCCGGCGAUGGUCAAACACUUCACCGUUCAACCCAUUCCAUGCGAGCAACACGGCUAUGUCCUGGACUUGGGUCGUUUGACCAGGAACACCUUGCGUCGAUUCGAGCUCAAGUUGCACUUCUUUGGCCCCGGCAAACUUAUUGCCGCAGCACGCACUGCUGUUAGGAUUCCGGGUCUAUAUGUUGAUUUCAACGUGAAGGAGGCACAACAUGCGGAUAAAAAAUUCUCCUUCUGGGCUGAGAGGUGCAAAGCUUUGGAAUACUUUAAGGACAAGUACAGGAAUAUGUUAGAGCGACUGAUGGACGCGGAAAAGGAUCCCAAGGUGAAACACGCCCACUCCUUUGACCUGGACAAACUGGUCAAGCACCAGCGGGAUCUGACGCCAAAGGACCGUCGUCUGAUCGAGGAGUACUACAACAGCCUGAAUCCCUCCGUCUAUCCGGACCACAAGCAUCAUUUCACACUGGCCAAGAUCUUCUCCGGCUGCUUGUCCAACUAUUCUGGAGUGGACGUGACCAUGGUCGGAUUGUUUAAGCCACAGUCGCGUUUCUACGAAAAGGACCAGCUUUUGGAAGACUACCUGUUCAUUGAUCUGCACAUGGGACCGACUCUUCCUAUCCUACUAAAAGGCGUCAUUGUGUCCUAGUUAUCUUAAAAUUUUAUUUCCAUUUAUUGUGGGUUCUUGUUUGGAGUGGAU